GUUUUUUCACAGACCAACCAAGCAACCAAAUAACGUGUUUACUACGUGAUUCGUGUAUUGGAAAGAUUUUGCAGGAAUAUAAUUGUGAAAUUCACUAACUUGUGUUAUUUUAUUGAUAAAAUGUCCAAUUUCACGUGCAUUAAUUGUAGUGUGAAAUUCGCUUCAGCGGAUAUUCAAAGAGAACACUACAAGACAGAUUGGCAUAGAUACAAUCUUAAACGACGAGUGGCGGAGCUUCCUCCAGUGACAGCAGAAGACUUUCAGAGCCGUGUAAUACAAAUGAGAAAUGCGGAGGCCACUGCCAAUGAGGAACGCCAAACGAGUUUGUACUGCAAUGCCUGCCACAAGCAGUUUGGAAAUACCAAAGCUCACGACAACCACUUGCAUAGUAAGAAACACAAAGAAAAUUUGGUGAAAUUCGAAAGGGAUGGCUUAGAAAAGGAAGUCACCACCAAAUCUGUUGUCCAGCCGCGUCCACAUCCCGCCAUUGCCGCCGCUGCUCAAGGUAAGGGCAAGUUUGCCUUGCAGCAAGCCAAUCGAAUGGAAGAGGAAGAUGACGAUGAUGAUUAUGAGGACUUGGACGACGAGGAAGAGGUUGUUGAUUCUGAUGAACUGGAAGAAAUAGCAGAAAAUCCUCUAAAAGAAAUCCACUGUUUAUUUUGCUUACACGAAGCAGAGGAUCUUGUUGAUAAUUUAAAACACAUGUCCGAGGCACAUUCCUUUUUCAUUCCCGACGUUGAGUAUUGCACAGAUAUUGAAGGCUUAUUACACUACUUGGGUGAAAAGGUUGCAGUGUACUUUAUAUGCUUAUGGUGUAACGACAGAGGAAAAACUUUUUACUCUUUGGAUGCAGUCAGAAAACAUAUGGUUGACAAAGGCCACUGUCAGAUGUUACACGAAGGCUUAGCUCUGGCCGAAUACGCGGAUUAUUAUGACUAUAGUUCAAGUUAUCCAGACAAUGAAGAGGGCAUGGAUAUUGACGAAGAAGUUGUCCCAGAUCUAUUGGAUGGUGAUGAGUAUCAGCUGGUGUUGCCCUCUGGGGCCACUAUUGGUCACCGUUCUUUAUUACGUUACUAUAAGCAACGUUUGAAUCCCAAUCGUGCAUUGGUUCCCAAAAAAUCUAGUAAACUUCAUCAUCUUCUGAGUACAUAUAGAGCUUUGGGUUGGUCAAAGACGGAACAAAAUGCUGCUGCUCGUAAAGCCCACGACAUUCAUGUAAUGAAACGUGUUCAAGCUAAAUGGCAAAUGAAAAUGGGAGUACGAGCGAAUAAAUUCCAAAAGCAUUAUCGCGCUCAAGUAAUGUUUUAAAUAAAACUGGAAUUCAUAUAUGUAUGUGCUUUAGAACAUUUUCGUUUUAAUAAACCAAAAAAAAAAAAACAUUACCAUUCUUAAUAGAUCUUUUUUCGGAUUAUUAUAAGCAUUAUAUUAUAAAAAAUAAAUUGAAAACGAAAUUUGAAAUUGAA